AUGGCACUGCUGAUUGCGCCGACGGUCGCUGCACAAAUCGCCUCGGGAAGCACCUCAAUGGCGGCCGCUUUUGAGCGGGAGACGUCGGUGGAGAAUGGAGCCGGACAGCCGGAUCGCGCCAGCAUCGACGAUCGCACCAGCCAGAAGGCGCCCGAUGAGGAUGUCGAGAGUCGAAUGAUACCAAUGGAUCGUGGAAGCCAUAAAUCAAGCAUUCGAGAUUGCACCAAUGAUUCGAUGCUUCGCUUGAAUAUUGGUGGAAGUAGCUAUCGGAUCCGAACGCGAUCCAUUCUCAAAUUUGGCCCGAAAACCUUGUUAGGCAGAUUUUGUCGCAUGAACCAUGAGCACCGUCGCCAAUGGGCCGAUUGGUACUUUGAGGAUCAGGACGAAUAUUUCUUCGAGCGUGUGCCAAGGUACUUUGACCCGAUCUACGAUUUCUAUGCGACCGGCAAAUUGCACGUACCAAAGGAUCUAUGCUUCGACAAAUUUAUGGCCGAAUUACGGUUUUGGGCGGUGAGCAAAUCGAGAAUGGAUGAGUGCUGCUCGCCGUUUGCUCAAUACUGUGUCACCAUGGGCGAUCCCAGGUGUACGGAAAAGGACCAUUUCAUCGGCGUGCGUUUCGCGAACAUUCGACGACGGCUUUGGUUGAUUCUUGAAGGACACACGCAAUCGAAAUGGUGGAAGGCGUUUGAGAUCAUUUCGACGGCGUUCGUGGUCCUUUCAAUUUCGGCGCUCAUUCUCGGCUCGAUUCCCGAAUUUCAAGUUCCGCAAAAGACCGAAGAUGGCCAUCUUGUGUACGCCACCGCCAUCUAUCCAACAUAUCCGAACGGCGGCGGAAUGACGGUGGAGAGUCGAACGGUGAUACGAGAAGGAGCCGAUAAUUCGGUGGAAAUGACCGAGCAUCCGGUGUUCACAUGGGUCGAAAACGUGUGCGUGAUCUACUUCUCCAUCGAAUACGCGCUUCGAUUCAUUGUGUCGCCGCGAAAGUUGGCGUUUGCUCGCCAGAUUCUCAACGUCAUCGAUCUUUUAUCGAUUGCCCCAUUCUAUUGUGAGCUUCUUCUCUGGCUGUGCGGAAUCAGCGGCGAGAAUGUGCGAAAUGUGACCUGGGCGUUUCUGACGGUUCGCCUCCUUCGCGUCCUUCGCGUCAUCCGAAUCGCGAAGCUCGGCCGAUUCUCGCCGGGUCUCGCCAAUUUCGCGUUGACGAUUCGAAAAUCCAAGAAGCAAAUGCAAAUGGUUGGUGUCGUCAUGCUCACCGUUGUCAUCUUCUUCUCAACAUUGAUCUACUUCCUGGAACGGGAUGAGCCCAACACGAAAUUCACCAGCAUCCCAGCGACAUUCUGGUGGUGCGUUGUGACAAUGGCAACGGUUGGCUAUGGUGACCUUGUGCCGGUGACACUCGCCGGAAAACUAGUCGGAAGUGGGGCGAUCGUUUGCGGUGUAAUGGUGCUCGCCCUACCGAUUACUAUAAUGGUCAACAACUUCAUGCAAGUCGUCAAAUUGCGCGAAGAGCAAAUCGUGAAAAAGUACGCGCAACAACACGGCGAUCAUGUCUAA